CUCAUCAAAGGGUUUUUCUUUCUUCUGCGAGGUACCUCGCAGAAUCAAAGAAAACCCACAUCCUUCAUUAAUCUCUUCAAAAUAAUCUCAAUUAUCUCUUAAUUAUCUUUUCUAUUAAUUAAUAUCUUCACAAAUAUUUUUUGAAAAAUGGAGGUACAUCCAAGAGUGAACUCCAUGGUAGCCAAGAGGCUGUGGAAUGUAUUAAGAGUCAGCUUCUUAAUGCUCAGAAAAGGAUUCGUAUCGAAAAGAAAAUUGAUGAUGGACAUGAAUUUGAUGAUGAAGCGAGGAAAAUUCUUAAGAAAAUCUUUAAGCAAUCUUCUUUCUCACCACCAUCGUUCAAGAAAUGGCAGGUAUGGGUUACAGGAGUAUGAAUUUUCAUGCAGUAACAGUCCAAAUCCUGUUUUUUUCCACCUGCCAAAGCGAAAACACCAUUAUUAUUUUCCUUGUAUCAAUCAACCUCAAGUCAUUGAAGAACAAGAAGAAGAGAAUGGUCAUAAGGCCAUGGUGAUGAUGCUGCCAAUAACUCCUGAAUAUUCAUUCAACAUUCAUCUUGAUUCUUCUUAUGCGUAUGAUUUCGCUCCCGGAGAACAGAAGCAUAGCCCUUCGCAGUUUUCCGUAAGGAUAUCGGAUUACUCAUCGGAAGAAGAGAAUUGUGAUAGUGUUGGGAUUAAUGAAAAAGUUGAUGAUGAAGCUGAGGAAUUCAUUACUAGGUUUUAUGAACAGCUAAGGGUACAAAGAGAGAUUCUUUUUCUCAAAAAAUGCCUCCCCAAUAUAAAAGAUUAUGGAUUUGUGCCCCAAAACACAAAAAUUACAUUUUUGUGCCUGGGGCCCACGCUGCCCGCAAUGGCUCUUUACGGGCAGAAAUCUGGCCCGCAAAGAGCCAUUGCGGGCCAGUUAAUCCAGCUGAUUAACAGUUGGAUUAAUUCUCAAGCAGCCCGCAAUGGCUCUUUGCGGGCUGCUUAA